AUGGAAGAAGGACGCUCCGAUAGUGUGUACUCCAGUGGGGAAGAGGACCAAUUCGCCAAACAGAGCCUGGCGAGGUUGCGAAAUUCAGCCCGUUGGCGUGAGCAGGCUCAGUACAUUAGCUUCGAGCCGGCACUGUUGAUGCUCUGCUUUGCCAUGAGUAUAUCAGAGAUCGUGCUGGCGAAUCAUAUCAUCCUGCAGACUUGCAUCGUGGAAGGAUUCGAUAAUAGCGACUGCCAACUGCUUAACAUGGAUUCGAAUUCGUCCCAGCGGGCGAUAAUCGAAACGAAGGUGCAACCCAUAGCCGCCAAUGUAACGAUGGUGAUAGUGAUCAUAAAAUCGGUCCUGCCCGCACUGAGCGCCCUGUUGCUCGGUGCAUGGUCCGAUCGAUAUGGUCGGAAGCCUACGAUGCUGAUCGCGAGUGGUGGUGUACUGUGUUCCUUUCUUCUUCUAACGAUGCUAACGUUCCUAUCGAUGCGGGUCACCGUGACCCCGUGGUAUUACACCGCGGCUUAUCUUCCGUUCUCGCUGCUGGGCGGUAUGACCGUGAUUACAGCUGCCGCCUUCAGCUACCUUUCCGAUGUUACGAACGAACAAACCCGCACGAUGCGCAUGGGCUUUAUGGAGGCGUCCAUGAUGACCGGGGCUCUGCUGGGAUUCCUUUCCAGCAGCUACAUCCUGGAAUGGUUGAACGUGCCGGCUACCUUUCUCAUUGCUACCGUACUGAUUGUGCUAGCAAUUGUGUACGUUAUCCUCUGCACUGAGGACAGCAUCAUAUUAAGUAACGAUAACUCCACGAAAGAGAAACUGCGUGACCUUUUGUCUUGCGAACGUGUACGGGAACUUUCGGGUACAUUUUUCAUGCGCCGAUCGGGCUAUGUGAGGGAAAUUCUGUGGGCCAUUGUGCUUUUGACCGGGCUCACGGAGCUUGCUGGUGGCAAUGGGGGUGUGUUUUACAUGUUUACACGACGGAAAUUCGGAUGGGAUUUGAAGCAGUAUAGCUACUUUCAGUUUACGGACAUACUGAUUAUCAUUUUGGGUAACGUUGUAGGAAUUCCGAUACUUAAGCAGCUACUGCACUGUUCGGAUACUACCGUAGCCAUAGUAUCGAUCGCCAGUUACAUUAUCGAUUCGAUGAUCAUGGGUUUUGCAACCAGCGGAUGGAUGCUGUAUCUCGCUGUAUCGAUCACCGUUUUGAAGGGAACCGAUGGAGCUGCACUUAUGACGAUCUGUUCCACCAUACUUCCUACUGGAGAUAUGGCCAAGUUCUUCAGUAUGGCCCUUUCAUUGACUGCGGUCGUCCCGCUGAUAUCGGCACCAUUGUUUACGUUCGUGUACGACAGCACCAUACAAUCUGCUCCGGAAAUAUUCAACUUCGUUGCUGCCGGGUUCUUUGGCGUGGGACUGUUGCUGAUGUUUGUUAUAACGAAUCUCAUUCGAAGAUUUUAUCAGCCAGAAUUGUUAUUGUAGAUAGCGAAAACAGAAUUCCAAAUGAGAUGCACAUUGUAAUUUUGAGAAUAUUUUUGGAAC